GUUGAAGUCAAACACAACAUAGGCUGUAGUCUUGUAGCUAGUAAAUUACUGAAGACUGUCAAUACCCCUAUUUACCUUAAUCAAGCAAUGCGACCAUACCCUCAUGGUAUUAGUUUGAUAAUUUAUUAGGAUACGUUGUUUAGAUGUUUUGUGACACGACGUAAACUGACUGGCUGCAAUUAAACCAUGAAGCUGCGUGUUAGAGUCAACAAGCAGACCAGCCGUGUGGAGCUGGAAGGAGAGGAGCCCACCAUCACAGACCUAAGUAUUCAAAUCAAGGAGAUCCUGCUGCCUUCCCAUGGACUCAGCCCGGACACAGAAUUCACCCUGUCCCUGAAUGGCACAGAGCCUCUCUGCGACACAGGACAGACACUCUCCUCAUGCAGCAUCGUUCCUGGGGACUUAAUCUGCGUAAUCCUGCCUCAGUCUGUGGCUGUGCCCUCUGCUUCCCCCUCACCUGUGAACCAGGCUGCCAGCCACAGUGCUAGAACCUGCCCCAGCAGCAGCACGGCCGCACAAACACCACCACCCAAACAGACGAAACACUCCCAUGCCAUGCAUUCUAAUGAGCCAGGCACAAGCAGCAAGGUAGCUGAGAUGCAGACAGAUCCUAAACAGGAAAUGGCGCCUGAAGAGGAACAGGAAGCAGAGGCAGCUCCGCUCACCUUGGAGCCCAUGCUGUGUGACGAGGCAGAGGAAGGCAAGUUGCCUCAUUCCUUGGACGUGCUCCAUCACAACUCCCAAAGCGGCAGCCAGUUUGACGCUGUCAUGGUGGUCGUGCACCUUCUGAUGCUGGAGACUGGGUUCUUCCCUCAGGGUUCAGAGGUCAAGCAUGGUGAGAUGCCCAGCGAUUGGCGGGCAGCAGGAGGGGUGUACAGGCUCAAGUACACCCACCCUUUUUGCGAGGACAGCCUCAUCCUAGUUGUGGCCGUUCCCAUGGGCAACCUGCUAGCUGUUAAUGCCUCCCUGAAGAUCAAUGAGAAGGUGGAGAAGGUUAAUAAGCUGACACUGAACCCAGUCCUCUAUGUGAAUGGCGUUGUACAAAGAGAGGAUGCAGCCACCAGUACCUACAAAGACCUACGCAAGUUGUCGCGGGUUUUCAAAGACAAGAUGGCGUACCCCGUGAUAGCUGCAGCCAGAGAAGCCAUGGCGCUCCCUCCGGUGUUUGGCCUGUCUAUCCUGCCUCCAGAGCUGCUGCUGCGAAUGCUGAGGCUGCUGGAUGUGGGCUCCCUGCUGGCCCUGUCGUCCGUCAGCAGACACCUCAACACUGCCACUGCUGACUCCACCCUGUGGAGGCACCUCUACCGUCGAGACUUCAGGGAUAGUCAGAAUCCCGUCAGAAACACAGACUGGAAACAACUGUACAAGACCAAGUACAAGAUCCACAAGGAGGCCUCCCGUUAUCGCCCCAUGCCCCGUGUCCUGCCCUUCCCGCGCACCUUCCCUUUCCACCCCGGGGCAUUCCACCCCAUCCCUCCCCCCCUCUACCCCCCCGGCAUCAUCGGCGGAGAAUACGACGAGCGCCCCAACCUCCCCCACGGCCUCCUGCCCAGGCCGCGCUAUGACCCCAUUGGCCCGCUUCCAGGUCUCCCAGGUCACGAUCCCGCGGGAGGCCUUCUGAUUGGGCGGCGGGGCCACAGGCCUUCUGGGGGCCGGCCGGCGGACAUCCGGCGGGGGUUCAUCUGACGUGGAGCUACGAGAGGGGGCGUGUUUAUCUCAUGAUGAGGAGGCACAGAAUAAAAGUAGGGUGGAGUUGGACGUGGCUUCCUGGCUGGUGUGUGUUGGGGUAGCUGCCUGGCAUUGACGCAGAUCAGUUGCAACACUUAGCUUUGUCUCCUAACCCUUGCUCUUUCUCCUACCAUAUUGACCAUGGGUUGAGUUUGCAUUUGAGCUCUGUCUGUCUGUCUUGAAAGAUUAGCUUACUAAAACGAAAUAACACGAUGGGUGAAUGUCCAUCUCGUGUAUUAGAGUGAGUGAUGAGAUAAUCGCAUGGAGGAUUGGGGAGAAAAUGUUUCACUUAUUCAAUUUAAUACUUGGGUGAACACAUUUUAUAAAUUACAAGACAAAAGCUUUCAAUAAAAUCGAAAAAAAAGCUAA